GCGGGAACUUAAUUAGCAGCUAGAAGACUAGUAGAAAGUCUUUUUGAAAUUUGAACGUUAAUGUUUAUACUUAUCUCGGAGUAAUAUGUUCUUAAUUUAGAGACAAAUCUGUUGAGCAGCAGUGUAAACGUAAUUAACAAGUAUCCUGGCCAAAAUGGAGUCCAAGAGCGAACGUGGUCCUGCAAGUAUGAAGACCAAAACCUUAAUGUCUGACUUGAAGUCCAAAUAUGCUGAUAAAUCUUGGAAUGAGACCAUUCAGCUGGUCCGUAGAUGCAUGGAAAAAACAAAAGGAGAUGGGAGAGUUUGUGAGCCAAUCACAAAAUGUCUUGAGAAGAUCAAUGAGGCACUCAACGUGUCUUCCUUGACAGCCAUGGUGUCCAGACUAGAGAUGAUUGCCAAACAAAGAGGAUUGGGGUCACAUUUGAGCCCCACAGAGACGGUGUGUUAUCUGACAGCAGACCUGUUUUACAUCGAGGUGGUGCUGCUGCCGGGAGGAAGGGUGGAAGAUGUGAGGGCGGCCCAUCACGGUGAAGCUCCUGUGUCCAGCCCAUCACUACUUCAGUUGCUAAGGAUGAAGAAAUUUCAAGAGUUCUCUCUAAAGUUGGAUGACCUUGUCUCCUUUUACAACAUCCAAGGAGAUAGUGAUGUCAAGGUUAAAGUCUACACCGCUCUUCGGCACCUGGAAACUGAUCUCUUCAAAAUAUCCCAUUUACCAAGAUCUUUGAGAGAAAGUGACCUUCACGUUGACCUCAUUAUGAAUGGCAGGAUUGGGAAUGUCCAGCCUGGCAGAGACGGAAGUCCAAUGACAAUCGAGUACUACAUAAGUCCAUUAGAUGUUCUCAUGGGGUUGUCAGGCACAGGUGAGGUUAGUUGUGGCCAGGUGGCUUUGGUAACGGUGGGAAGCAGUGACGUCUCACACAGGCUGCAGAUGCAAUCGCUGAUCUCUUCUCCACCCCAGGUUGACUCUUUGGGGUUUCCAGUGUUUCAGCCGCUCACUGAGUCCUGCUCAGAAUUACUCCCUGCCACCUUUCUUCUCAAACUACAGCCACCGUUACCUAUGCUUAUUUCCUUCAUAGAGAAAAUGGGCGAAAUCACAGAUGGCGUUAUGUCUGAGAAACACCUGCAGGUGGAGCCUCUACCCCAACUUCUCCUGAAGACCAACAAAAAGCAAAACUCCAAGAUAUCCUGGACAGACUGGGUUCAGUUUGUUGUGCCAUUGCCUGCCUCUGAGUACCACAGUUAUGUGUUCCCUGGGGCCGAAUGGGGCCGUGAGUCAUGGAAAGGAGCCUUAAUUCACACAGUCCCCUUCGAUCACCCUGGCCACGUCCCUGCCUUACUGGACGUCCUUCGCCAUCAGGCUGCCAUCAACGUCCUACUGGCAAGCUGUUUCAGUAACCACAACCAACUCAUAGAUGCUGGCUUACAGUAUGACCUGAGAUGUGAGGUCCUUCCAGAAUCAGACCACUGCCUUUCUGUUACAUUCAGCCUUGAUGAUGGCAACCACCUGGCUGUUCUUCAGGUGACGGUGGUGGACUCUAAUCAGGUGAGCUGCAGACUUCUGAUGCCUGAUUUUGUGGAUCAUAAAUUGGAUGACUAUAUAUCCAGAGUCCUUAUGCGAUGCAUGUCCAUCCCCAUCACAAUGAGGGCCAUACGCAGGAAAGUGUCCAGCCUGACAAUCCGUCCCUUACCUGCAGCUGACCCAGAGCUCACCACUGCAAUGGAAAGCACAUCAACUCCUCACUCGGACGAAUCCGUUGCAGAGAUCAUCAGUGCUGUCUAUCCAUCUGCCUCAGUCUCCCAUGAGGCUAUUGAGGAGGAGAGGAUGGCCUCUUCUCCAGGCUAUUAUGCUAUGUCUGUUGCUUCCCCAGUGGCUGAUAAUGUGAAUACAGAUGCUGUUGCUAACCCUUCCCCCUGUGCUUCUCUGGGUGUCUAUUCACACUGGGUGACCAGUGGACUUCCUGCAGAGCUUCUAUAGUAGGAGCGAUUUUACUAAAGAGAAUAUCUUAAGAGAUUUCUAUUUUGGACAAAUCUUAAAUAAAGGUGUUAUUUUAAAGUCA